CCUGUUCUGUUAAUUUUCUAGGUUAGGAAAAUAAUCGUAAAGCUCGACUUGAUUUCGGGAACUUAUACAUGAUAAACUUAUUUUUCAGACGUAUAAUGUCGCAAAACAUAGUCUGUAAAAUAUUAAAUAAUGCUGAAACAGCAGAGAAGCGCCUCGCCGAGUUGAAGACCAAGCUUGAAGAAAUAAGAAAAAUCAAAGUCGAAGAAAAAAUUAGAGAACUUACUCAAGAAAAUGGUAUCCUGGCAGCAAAGGUAGAAAAAACUAAACUGGAACUUAUUAGACUGGAAACAUUGAAUGGUAAAAAGCAAAUUCCAAUACCAAAUCGAGCAUCUUCGACAGUAAAACUUGAUACUUUACCAGUGCAACCUGAAAGUGAGCCAGCACCAAAAAAAGAGAAAAAAGAGAAGGAUGCUUCUAAAAAGGCUAAACCAGCUGCGCCCCCAGCUGCUGAUAGUCCAGUUACUGUUAGCAAGCUAGAUUUUCGAAUUGGUAAAAUCAUUGAAAUCAACAAACACCCCGAUGCAGAUUCAUUGUAUGUUGAACAAAUUGACUGUGGGGAAGAGAAGCCUCGAACUGUUGUGUCUGGACUCGUAAACCAUGUUCCUAUUAAUGAAAUGAAAGACAGGAUUGUUAUGGUACUGUGCAAUUUAAAACCAGUUAAGAUGAGGGGUGUAACUUCAGAAGCAAUGGUAAUGUGUGCUUCAUCACCUGGAAAGGUGGAAGUUCUCAUCCCACCCAGUGGAGCCGUGCCUGGGGAUCUGGUCUCAUGUGAGGGCUACCCAAGAGAGCCUGAAGCUCAGUUGAACCCCAAAAAGAAAAUCUUUGAAACCUGUGCCCCAGACCUUAAAACAAAUGCAGAUAAAGUUGCCUGCUAUAAAGAAACUCCCCUUGUAGUCCCUGGAAAAGGGCCAGUUAUUGCUGCCACUCUAAAAGAUGUACAUGUAAAAUAGUUACUUAUUUAUUUUGUGUGAUUAUAUUUAAUUUUACUGUUCAAAUAAAAUAUGAACAAGCA